AUGCUGGCGACGUCGAAUCUCGGAUCCACUCCCUCUCAACCACACAAGUUCUUACCCAGCGUGCCGUCGCCACUCUCUCCUCGACGCGCAAAUGUCAAGAGUUCUACUUCCUUCUGGUCCUUCGACACAUCAAUGGCGACCUCAACAUCUCAACAAGCAUCAAAUAAGCAAUCACACGUUCCUUUCUCAUCCCGACCAGUAAAAGCUGCUCCCAUACCCCGCUCCGAUGCAUUGCGCGAACGUCGCAGGGACAUGUUUUUGCGCAAGGUCCGCCAGGCCCGCGAUGAGAACAAGUGGGACUCGAGGAUAGACGAUAAGCGACGAUGGGAAGCCGAACAAGUACGAUCCGCGCCAUCACUUCACCCCGAAUUUGCAGAAGCAGAAGAAGCCUCGGACUACGACCUACCCACAUACAGUAGCCAGAUGGCAUGGGACCCACAAUCUCAGCCUGAAUAUCCUCCAGACUCAGAAGUCGAUGCUGUUUUACAACAAGAGAAUGAAGAGUUGGAAGCUUUGAUCGCUUUGAUGCAAGAGGAAGACGACCGCCGCAAUCAGCAGUCCAACAGUCAAGAAGCACAUGACGAUCGUUUUUCCGCCUUUGGCAGCGACGAUGAUGAGUACGACAACAUUUUCAUGAAUAUGAUAGAUGAGACUGGUGGUGCAGCUUCUGUAUCAGAGCCACAGCAUCAACAUACAGCAGAUGACGAGAUGGAUUUGAGCUAG